AGCGCAGUCUGCUGGAUACCAGAGAGUGGAGAGAGUGAGAGAGGCGAGCCUUUAAAUCUCUGCGGUGCAGAGCUGGAAAAGCUGCUUCUCAUCGGAAAUCAGACGUCCUGUUUACCCUGCUUUAUUUGCUCCUUUUAUUUUCCUGGAGAAAAAAGGGACUAAUCAAUUAGUUGCAACGUGGACUGGUGCCCGUCACAGAGAACAAACCGGCAAGUCAGCGCAGAGCGGUGGAGGAGCCAAAAUAACUAUUGCAUGAAACAAGAAAGGAGAGAGGAGACGGUGAUUAAUAAGUCAGCUUUUGCGACGUUUGCCAGUACCUUUGCGUAUCUGCAAAAAAGUCGCGACAACAUGAGUGCGGAGCUGAGCAUGGGCCCGGAGCUACCCAGCAGCCCUCUGGCUCUGGAAUAUGUCAACGAUUUUGACCUGAUGAAGUUUGACGUGAAGAAGGAAGGCCUGGCCGGGCUGGAUCGCAACGGGGUGCGUCAGUGUAAUCGUCUCCAACCACAAGGCUCCGUGUCCUCCACCCCCAUAAGUACACCCUGCAGCUCGGUGCCCUCUUCACCCAGCUUCAGCCCCACAGAGCAGAAACACCAUCUAGAGGAGCUGUACUGGAUGCCGAACAGCGGGUACCACCAGCAGAUAGACCCGCAGACGCUAAGCCUGACCCCCGAGGACGCCGUGGAGGCCUUGAUCGGAGCCACAGCUCACGGCCACCCUCCGCCUCCGCACGUCCAACAGCAGCUGCAGCAACAAGGCGCUUUCGAGGGCUUCAGGGGCCCACACCACCACCACAGCCAUCACGGCCACAGCCAGCAGCAUCACCAUCCUUAUGCUGGGGGCAUCCCGCACCACGCCGAUGAGCUGUCAGGGCACCCAAGCGGACACAACCACCCACACAACCAGCAUCACCAUCACCACAGCCAGGACCCCGACAGCCCAUCCCCGGUUUCCCCAGAGUCCCACCAACCCCUCCAUCAUCACCGCCACCAUCAUCACCACCAUCCGCACGGCCACCUGAGCCAGUCGGCAGGGCAUCACAGUUCCGGGGGCGGACUGAACGUGGAAGACCGCUUCUCCGACGACCAGCUGGUGUCCAUGUCGGUGAGGGAGCUCAACAGACACCUACGGGGCUUCACCAAGGACGAGGUCAUCCGUCUCAAGCAGAAGAGGAGGACCCUGAAGAACCGGGGCUACGCUCAGUCCUGCAGGUUCAAGCGCGUGCAGCAGAAGCACGUGCUGGAGAACGAGAAGACGCAGCUGAUGAACCAGGUGGAGCAGCUGAAGGCGGAGAUCAGCCGGCUGGCGAGGGAGAGGGACGCCUACAAACUCAAGUGCGAGAAACUGACGGGGUCGGGGGCCAGUAACGGGUUCCGCGAGGCUGGCUCAACCAGUGACAACCCCUCAUCACCAGAGUUUUUCAUGUGAGUUCUCCCAGCCUUUUCUUGUGAACCCCUUAAGAACAAACUUUUUCCCUCCACCCCACCUUUUAUUUUCUCCACAAGUGACUGACUUUGCUGAUGAACAAACGACAAUAAUGCACACCUCCCAUAAUGUUUGAUUAUACUAAUAACGGUAAUAAUUAUAUUCAUAUUAGAAGAAUAAUCCAUCAAAUAUUAUUCUCAUAUAUAAUCAUCUCCCCAUCCACGUGUCAACUGAGAUACAAAGAGCAAAGUAGUGUCUGAUCAGCGGCAGCAUCUUUUUAGAUUAGUUGCUUGUAGUGAAGAGACUGUUUUCUUCUUCAAUGAGGAGGAUCAGCUGAUGAACUUUUUUCUCCUUUGAGGCUGCAGCUUUUACAUAAUCUGUAAGUAGUCUGGGAUGGCGUGGAGGCUGUUAUCUUGUCAUUUUGAUCUCCCAAACCAUGACAUUGUUAUGAAAUAAGCGGGCUUGGCCUCAUGACCUGCAACACAUGAGACUCGCAUUCGAUAAGUGGGCCCGCAGUCUCAGAACAUAUCCAAGGCGGGAUCCACAAAUUUAACUUGUCUACUAACCCUUCACGGGAGGAGGGACAUUUUAUGCAACAUCUCAUUGAUUUAUUGCCUGCUUGGUUAUAUUCGAAUAUAUAUUGAAACAAACAAACAAAAAAACUGCAUUAAAUAUUAAUCCUGCAUGCUGGACAUGUAUGGUAAUAAUUUCUAUUUUGUACUUUCAUUUUCUCGUGUAUAUUAAGAGCAUGUUGUUGAUCUGCGCUUCUCUCUUUUUUUUCGGGGUGGGGGGUGGGGGGGGAACGGGACAGAACAGCAGGACUGCCGGUGCAGUAUCGUAUGGUGUGGGUUUCUUUUGGCUUGUAAAUAUUAUUCAACCCCAAAAAUGCACAACAAGGUUGAGGAGGCUGGUUUGAACUUCUUUCUUUGUGAUGUGUUCUUAUAUUUCUUUUAUUAUUUGUUACGAUUUUUUUUUUAUCAUUUGGGGAUGUUGAUUGAAAGAAGAGUGGAUUUCUUUUAAAAGUUGCAUUUAAAUACAACUACAAAUGUAUGUCAAGUGCACUUUUGGAUGAUGAUUUGUAGGUUUUCAUUUUGAAGUUUGUGCAGACCUCCCUCCAGGAAGACAUACUAUGAUAUGAUAUUGUAAUAUUCAUGAUAGGCCCAUGUGUUAUAGUUGUAGCUCAAUAUUUGGACGCAUGCUGCGCGAGACUAAGGAGAUAGACGUGGCAACAACAUUAUUAGCUCUCCAAGGUGAAGACUCUUCAUAAUAGGGUUCAGUUUUGCUUUUAUUGCAACGUUGCUCAACAGAUUUAGUAAACUGUCUGACUUCAUAUCAACUGUUAAACAGAAUCCAUUUGACUCUAUCAAAACCACAUAGGCUACUCUCAUUCCGAUGGACAGCCACCUGUAGCAUAUUUUCACUGGGCCUACUUUACUGAUUUAUAUUUUGACUAAACCUUUACAUCUUUCUUGUCAGAUAUUUUUAUGAGUUAAUCCUUAAAUAACACACAGGUUUUGUUGUUUGACUAAUGUUCUAUGUUUUCCUGAUUUUUUUUUCCUGCCGGUCAGUAAAAAAGGGGAUUCAGGUUGUGCAAACUCUCAAAAUGAAAACAACAUCUUUAUUAUGUAAUACUGUUUAUUUUUUUCUGUUUUAUUAUUAUUUGAUGAUUCUGGUUCUGCUGGCCAGAUGCAUAGUUCAAUUUUUCUAUUUUAAUGAUUUAAAUUAAAGUGUCUGAUCAUAUCAUAAAGCAUGGUGCUUGUAUUUGAAAAUGUCGUUGAAAAGUCAUGCAUUUAACAAUCUUUUGGUUUGUUGAUUCAACUGUGUUGAAAUCGAACUGAAACUGCAGCAGCGGGUUGUUGUUUUGUUUUCACCAAUUCCAUGCAUUUAGCGAUAAUGGGGAUCAAUUUUCAAUCCUGUUUAUAUAAAUAAUAAUACUUAAAUUUGAACUGUUCCAUUCAGGCUGGUUUCUGUUUUGUCUUUUUGUUGUUGUUUUUGAAAAAAAUUGUUUCCUAUUUUGCUUAUUAAAGUCAUUGAAAUGGCAA